UAAAUGUUUAAAGUUUAUAAUUUUAAUCUGUAAUGUUAAGUUAGCUAAAACUAGAUAAUGCGUACAAAGAAAUAUGGUAAUUUAUGAGUAAGUGAUAAUAGCACUUUCUGCAAACAUGAAGGUUAUCAAAAUAUACCGAAUAUUGGUAACAAAAUAUCCGUUGAUCACUCAAGCGGUACAAGCAGGCAUAUUAACAGCACUUGGGGAUCAGAUAGCACAAAAUGUAAUUGAACAAAGGCAAGUUAAGGAUUUAAAUUUUAUACGAACAGCUCAGUUUGGAAGCAUAGGAUUUUUUAUUACUGGACCUGCAACACGGACCUGGUAUGGAAUAUUAGAUAAAUAUUUUGGUUCAAAAGGAGGAACUGUAGUAUUAAAAAAGGUGACUUGUGAUCAAUUAUUUUUUGCACCUAUAUUCAUAGGAGUUUUAUUAUUAGUAAUUGGUAUUUUACAAAAAAACGAUUUAGAACAUUUAAAAAUAAAACUACACAACUUUUUUCUGCUUUGGCCCAUGGUUCAAUUGUUUAAUUUUUACUUUAUACCUUUAAAAUAUCAAGUUUUAAUAGUACAAUUAGUAGCUUUGCUAUGGAAUACCUAUAUUUCUUAUAGGACAAGUUUAGAAAAAUAA